CGUACACAAAAUUUGAUGACCGGCUGUCUAGCUAGGUGGAAAAACAACCUCCCAGGCAAGAUUUGUUUUUUGCUUAGCUAAGUUCUCGUCAUUCGCAUUUCUUACGCUAAACCUAAGUCAAUCAUCUUCAUUUCCCUUUCCCUCUUUUCUAUUCAUUUGAUCGCUACUGCAAUAUUUCAUCGUCACUAUGUCGAUAAAAAGUGUGAAAGUAUGCAAUGUCUCUCUUGGAGCAUCUGAGCAGGACAUAAAAGAGUUCUUCUCAUUCUCUGGUGAGAUUGAACAUAUUGAAUUGCAAAGUGAGAAUGAGCGAUCUCAAACCGCUUAUGUUACAUUUAAGGAUGCUCAAGGUGCAGAAACUGCUGUCCUUCUUUCAGGUGCGACAAUAGUCGAUCAAUCAGUGACAAUAGCUCUUGCACCAGAUUACCAACCACCAGCUACUGUAUCAGCAUCACCUGUGGCAACUGAGGAUGACGGCGUUACUGCAGCUGGACCUGUGCAAAAGGCCGAGGAUGUUGUUACUACUAUGCUAGCCAAGGGCUUUGUCUUGGGAAAAGAUGCAGUAAACAAAGCUAAGGCGUUUGAUGACAAGCAUCGAUUCACUUCGACUGCCUCUGCUACCGUUGCAUCUCUGGACCAAAAGAUUGGCUUGAGCCAGAAGAUUAGCAUGGGCACAACCUUGGUGAAUGACAAGAUGAAGGAAGUUGACCAGAAAUUUCAAGUCUCAGAGAAAACAAAAUCUGCAUUAACUGCUGCUGAGCAAACUGUUAGUAAUGCUGGUUCUGCCAUAAUGAAGAAUCGAUACAUCUUAACUGGAGCUUCUUGGGUUACCGGUGCUUUUAACAGAGUUGCCAGGGCUGCUGAGGAUGUGGGUCAGAAAACAAAGGAGAAGGUGGCCGAGGAAGAGAGAGGAAAAAACUUGGCUGCUGGAUAUUCUGAAGUUUCCGACUCUGGUUCACCAAGAGCCAGUUUUCACCAGUGAGCAGUGUUGUCAAUCAUAUAGUAAUUUUUAUUUUCCUGAAUCAAAGUUGUCAUAACCGCUUGUUUGCUGUGGUUUUUUUUUUUAGCAGGUUUAGAUGUAUAAAACUAUAGAUUUGCCUUCGGUUUCCUUUUCUAUGCGAGAUUUACAGUGAUCUCAAGUGUUAUUUUGUAACUCUCUCGGUUAUAUCACUGUCAAAGUACAAAAAUCUGCAUAUCUCUAUUUAUAAGAUCCUAGCUUCCACUGAA